ACAAGUGAUAGUACAUUGUAUUUGUUUACAAGUAAGGCAGAUAGUGAUGAUACUCAGGCACUUCAGCUCCUGUCUGCAUUGUAAUCUUGGGAACAAAGUGAUGGUUGGGAGUUGAUGUUUUAUUUACUGUCAGGAGUUUGUAGUGAAAUAUCUAUAGAACUAAGUGUACCAAAUACUUGAAUUCAUCUUUAUUGAGAAAUGAAGCUCUCUUAUGGCCAUUUUCCUUGUUAGAAGUCUUAUGUUAUCAUGAGAAGUUACAUAUACAUGUAUUGGAAUUUCACUUCUCCAUAUAAACUUCAAUUAACAUUUCCAAAUCCCUGCUUCAGUUGAAGCCCGAAUAUGCAUAUGUCUCACAGUUUACAAUAAGUACUAUUGCUUACAGAUAUUUUAGCUGAAGAUAUCUAAUAAAUAACUUGCAUAUAUGGAUUGUGCACAUUCAUGAGAAGCUCCGCUCCAGCUACCAUUCUUCUGUUCUUGCAGGCUUUUGAGUGGAAAUCGAAUAUCAGGUCCUUUACCAGAAGAGCUUGGUUAUCUUCCCAACUUAAAUAAAUUUCAGUUGGACUUAAAUGAUAUAUCAGGACCAAUACCAAAAUCGUUUGCAAACUUGCCAAAAGUUGGGCAUUUCCAUAUGAAUAACAAUUCAAUAAGCGGUCAAAUUCCUCCAGAGCUGUCUGCUUUACCUCGGCUUCAACACUUCCUUCUGGACAAUAACAACUUGUCGGGUUACCUUCCACCAGAGCUUGCACUGAUGCCGAGCUUAACGAUUCUUCAACUUGACAACAAUAACUUUGAAGGCUCUGUGGUUCCGGCUUCUUACAGCAAUAUGUCCAAACUCUUGAAGUUGAGUCUUAGGAACUGCAACUUGCAAGGAACAGUUCCUGACCUGAGUACAAUACCAGGCCUUCUUUACCUAGACCUUAGCAGAAACCAACUCACGGGAAAUAUACCUUCCAAUAAGCUGUCUGAUAAUAUCACAACCAUCAUUCUGUCAGGAAACAUGCUUAAUGGUUCUAUCCCAUUGAACUUUUCUGUCCUUCCAAAUCUGCAGAGGCUGUCACUCAACAAUAAUAGGUUAAGUGGUUUUGUGCCCACUACCAUUUGGGAGAAUAAGACAUUUUCCCCAGAUGCAAAACUUAGAUUGAACCUUCAACGUAAUUUACUCUCAGAUAUUUCGGGGAUUCUUGACCCUCCUCCAAAUGUUGAUAUAAUGCUAUACAGGAAUCCUGUCUGUGGAAAUGCAAAUGAGCGUCAGAUCAUCAAAUUUUGUAAAUCAAAAGAUGGGGAUGAAGAGUACGGAGGCUUGAACAAUUCCAGACCAAGUUGUGCAGCCCAGCAGCCUUGCAACAAUAAUUUCGAACAUGUCCCAGCAUUAACGGAUGGCUGCUUUUGUGCAGCACCUUUUGGAGUUGGUUUGCGUUUAAGAAGCCCUAGCAUUUCAGACUUUCCACCACAUUAUAGUGACUUUGAACAGUGGAUAAUAAAAAGUGUUGAAUUGGAUCAUCAUCAAAUACACAUUGAUUCGGUUGCAUGGCAACGCGGUCCUAGGCUUAGGUUGUUUUUAAAAUUCUUCCCUCCACGUACAAAUGAUUCUAGAACCAAUGAUUUUGACAAAUUUAAUGACAGUGAGAUAGUACGGAUCGCAAACAAAUUUGCCAUCUUUAAUCUUACUGGAAGUGACAUAUUUGGCCCAUAUGACCUGCUCAAUUUCACUGCCAUGGGAUAUAGUUCUGUCCUUUUUCCCCCAUUAGGGGGAGGGAAAAGCAGAAUAAGCAGCGGCGCCUUGGUUGGAAUUGUCUUUGGGUCCAUAUGUGCUGCAGCUGUGCUACUUAUGGCCAUAAUAUUUGUGUUGCGUAAAUUGCAUCGGAGGCCCAAUGUUUCCAAAGAUCAACCAUUACCAAAAUUUCCAAUGAGAAUAGAAGGUGUUAAGGCAUUGGGUUUUAAGGAAUUAGAGGCAGCAACUAACAGUUUUAGCAGUACUGCUGAAAUUGGCCAAGGAGGCUAUGGAAAGGUCUACAAAGGGAUGUUGGCAGAGGGCACAAUAGUGGCAAUAAAACGUGCAAAGCAAGGCUCAUUACAGGGGGAAAAGGAGUUCUAUACUGAGAUAGAAUUUCUGUCACGUUUGCAUCAUCGAAAUCUGGUUUCUUUGCUGGGAUACUGUAAUGAAGGAAGUGAACAAAUGUUGGUGUAUGAGUUCAUGCCAAAUGGUUCCUUACAUGAUCUUCUCUCUGCUAGAUAUGGGGAACCACUGAGUCUUGGAGCUAGGCUAUACAUUGCUUUAGGUGCUGCCAGGGGCAUCCUCUACCUCCAUACUGAAGCGGAUCCUCCAAUAAUUCAUCGUGAUAUCAAGGCAAAUAACAUACUGUUAGACUCUAAGUUCACCGCAAAAGUCUCUGAUUUUGGAAUCUCCAGGCUUGCACCAUUACCUGAUGCUGAAACGAGUGGUGGUGUAACCACUGGUGUGAAAGGAACUCCUGGCUACCUUGAUCCUGAGUAUGUCUUUAAUCACAAGUUGACAGAGAAAAGUGAUGUAUAUAGCCUCGGUGUCGUAUUUCUGGAGCUUUUAACAGGGAUGCGACCUAUAUCUCAUGGAAGGAACAUCGUCCGAGAGGUGAAUGCAGCAUGCCAAUCAGGGAUGAUGUCUUCUAUAAUUGACAGGAGUAUAGGUCCAUAUUCCUUAGAUUGUGUCAAGAAAUUCGUGGAUUUGGCCCUCAGGUGUUCACAGGAGGAACAAAAGGAUAGACCUUUAGUGCUGGAAGUGGUGAGAGAGUUAGAGAACAUAACUUACAUGCUUCCAGCUGCGUUCGACAAUAAUAUUGCACCCGAUUUAGAUGUUUCCACAUCUGGAAUGUCAUCCUCAUCACCAACUUCAGCUUAUUCCAGACACACCACCUACACGACUAUGGAAGGAAUUGAGCUUGUGAGCGGUGUCAUUCCCUCCAUCAGGCCUCGUUGAUGCAUUUAAGGACUUGAUAUAUACC